AGACAUCUGCUUUAAGUCCUUUGGAGACAGGGUGAAGUAUCGGGUCACCUUCAAUGAACCGGAUUUCCAAGUCAAGUUCAGGUACCAUACGGCUACGUUCCCACCGUAGCGUUGCUCCAGGCCAUUCGGGAAUUGUACUUCCGGUGAUUCAGAGAAGGAGCCGUUUAUAGCAGCCCACAAUAUCAUCCUAGCACAUAUGGCAGCUGUUCAUAUCUACAGAACUAAAUAUCAGGAAGCACAAGGAGGUAGCAUCGGAAUCGUCCUGCAAUGCUCUUGGUACGAACCAAUCAGCGACUCUAUAGCCGACAAGCUAGCAGCCGAAAGAGCUCAUGCCUUCACCAUCAACUGGUUCCUAGAGCCAAUCAUAUUCGGUAGAUAUCCUCCUGAAAUGAAAAACAUUCUAGGAUCUAUUUUCCCCGUUUUUUCAACAACCGAGAAGCAGGAGCUGAAUAAAGGGCUCGAUUUCAUCGGAAUCAACCACUACACCAGUUACUAUGUCCGGGAUUGCAUGUUCUCCGAGUGUGAACCAGGAAACGGAACCUCAAAGACGUAAGGAUUUUCGGGAUAAAGCUCAUAGAAAAAUAGCAUCCCUAUAGGACAGCCUGCAAGUAACCUAAAUGUAUGAUAUCACAGCCAUGUUGCAUCUUAAGCU